AUGAACUUCGAUCCAUCCAAGUUUGUCACAGUCAUUGUGGGCAAAGAGCCAGAUCAACAGCGGUUUUCAGUCCAUGAAGGAAUCAUGUGCGCACGCUCUGAAUUCUUCCAACGUGCCAUGAACGGCAACUGGACAGAGAGCAAAGAACGCAUCAUCAGGUUGCCGGAGGACGACCCAGAAAUUUUCAACAUCUACAUCAACUUUCUCUACACGGGUAACGUUGUUACCAACGCCAUCGAAGAACCGAAGACUGCCACUCAUAUCGUGGGCGAGAUGCACGUACUCGGCCGGCUUUACGUGAUCGGUGAGAAGCUUCAGGACAAGGCUACGAAGAACUCCGCCAUCAAAAGUCUGCUGGAGGUCGCUUACGAGAAAGACGCGAACGGGAAGAUCUACAGUCCAUCAAUCGAUACCAUAACCUACGUAUACCGGGGCACGUGUGCUGGCAGUCUUGGUCGUCGCCUCUUGGUAGAUCUCUGGGUCAAAAUAUCACCCGAAUACAUGGCCAAGAAUGCGGAGACUCUGCCCAAAGAGUUUCUCAUUGACCUCGCCGUCGCACUUCUGGCCGACCGUCCAGACAAGAAGCCGAAGCUGGCUACGGUGGCAAAUGUGAGCAACUACAUGGAGAAGAUGGAUUGA